CAGACAUCCGAGGCAGAAGCAGCGACCAUCCGCGGGCUGAUUCUCACUCCAAUCUGGAGGAAAGCUAUACCAAGCGACCGAUCGGCUCACCGAACCGGGAGCUGUGGCGUAACCGCAGAGCUCUAACGCCAAGCCCAGAAGAUAGGGGCUGAAGUGGAUAAAACGAGUAAAGGGUCUGUGACAAUGAAAUAAAUACAACAGAGAUAAAAUACAAAAAUACUUCUUCGUUGCCGGCUAGAUUCAACAGUUCAAAGAGAAAACGAGAGUUUUUAACCGCUCUUUACAAUCACGCCGCCCCAACAACCUUCGCAGCUCCAGCCCGACUCCUUCUUACUCCGGCUGAGCAGACUACGAUGUACCGGUCCACGAAAGGAGCUUCUAAGGCUCGGAGAGACCAGAUCAAUGCAGAGAUUCGCAACCUGAAGGAGCUGCUGCCGAUCCCCGACGCGGAUAAAGCCCGACUCUCCUAUCUGCACAUCAUGUCGCUCGCCUGCAUGUACACCAGGAAGGCUGUCUUCUUCUCUCAAGAGGCAGAAUUCGCCAGCAGCCACGAAGAGAGCGCGAGAUUCAUGUCCUUCCACGAACUUUCGGAAUUGGUGCACGAGCUGCCGGGAUUCCUGAUGAUGCUCACCAGCGAGGGCAAGCUCCUCUACCUUUCCGACAGCGUUACGGAACAUCUCGGACACUCUAUGGUGGAUCUGGUUGCUCAGGGCGACAGUGUAUAUGACAUCAUUGAUCCCACUGACCAUUUUGUCAUGAGGAGCAACCUGGCACCCACUACUACGCCUGAUACAGACCGCCUGUUUCGCUGUCGCUUCAACACUUCAAAAUCUGUCCGCCGACAGAGCGCCGGCAGCAGGCUAGCGCUGAUCCGCGCGCGCUGUUUAUCCACACCGGGACCCGCAUCCUCUUAUUGGACUUCCAAUCCAGUGUGGCUGUGUUUCUGCUCCCCUUUGGAAGGACACCCGACCUCCCCCGUCAGAAGCCCUCCACUGACUCCACCGGCGGACCACGCCUUCUUUCUGGCUGGUUUUCAUUCCCAGCACAGCCAGGACAUGAGACUGCAAGACGCUGAAGACAGUGUCAGUGUAUAUCUGGGCUAUGAUGUGCAGACGCUUCGCUCGCGUUCCUGGUAUAGCCUCGUGCACCCACAGGAUCUCCCCCAUGCCUCUGCGCAGCACUGCAGCCUGAUGAGUGAAGGGGGCGAGGGGCGCGUGGAGAUGGUGAUUCGGGUGGAGACUGCAGAUCACUCCUGGAUCUGGCUCUACAUGGUGCUCCACCUCGAAGCUGGAGAAAACCCCAUCAGCUGCCGCAACUUCGUCAUCAGUGAGACAGAGGCCUGGUCAGUGAGGCAGCAGCUGUGUACUGAGCAGACGCAGCUCGCCCUGGUGCUGAGCGCUAGCGCCUCCUACCAGGACAGCCUGGGGCUGCAGUCACCGGACACCCUGUCCAGCCCAGACCAAGUCUUUACCCCCAGCAGCAGCGGCCUGUCUGGCCAGUCCUUUGACUUCAGCGCUGCAGCGUCCAGCAUGAGCUCCUCCGAGGAGCUAGGGGGCGCCACUGCUGAGUCUGUGCAGCCAGAGGGCGGUGACCCCCGGUCUAGUCUCUCUUCCCUGGAAGAAGAGAGCUUCUCGCAGCAGAGCCAGCAGCAGCCGCCGCAGCAGUCCAGCGAUCCCGCUGCCAGUCCCGCCCCCGGGGCCUCUCCCACUCAAGAGACCGCAUCUGACCUGGACUUCCUCACCCAGGUCAUCUUCCCACCCCCAUCGCUCCACACAGUCCCCCGUCCCCCUGCCCAGUCCCUCCCCUCUCUCACUAUGCCCCACCUCCAGCAGGGUCACGAGCAGGUGUGCACACCCCCUUACACUCCUCAGGUAGGAGGAGGUGCCUUUAUGUUCGGGGAGUCACUUUACACCGACUGCUCCACCACCCCUACUGCCGCCAACCCUCCCGUUGCCAUGACAACGAGCUUUGUGGCCCCUGCUAACAGGCCUGUGCUCCUUCCACUCUCGGUCCCCUGCCCCAGCUCCGAGAUGCUCGUCUCUCUGGAGCACUGCGGCAACUCCAUUUAUGAGAAACUUCCCCCCACCCCAGACACGCCAGGCGGUGGUGACUGCACUGUCAUGGCACUCCCUGAGGUCCGGGGGCCACUGUUUGUGGAUGUCCCCCAAGGGGCCUUCUGUUACCCCCCCGAAGGCCUCCUCACACCAGACACCUCUCCGGGCGAGCAGUACUGCCGGACUACUUUCUCUCUGCAGAUGGAGAAGGAGAAGGAGCGAGCUGAGAUCUCACUCCUGGCUCAGCAUAUCAGCUCUCUGGCUGAUGGGUUCUGCUCUAACCCCCUCCUCCCCAAAUGCACCCCCUCCUCCUCCAUCUUUCCUUCCAACACUGCCCAGCCCCCAGUGCAGGACUCAGCUCCUCCACUGGGCGAGCUCUACCCUGUCAAGCCCUGGAGGGGUUUGGAUUCGCCCCUUUUUCCAGAUGACUGCUCUCUGUUUGAAGAGAGUGUUUUAGAGUCCCUCCUCCAAGAACUCCUCUGCUCCUCCUCUUCCUCCUCCACGCCCCUGUCUCCGCAUCCUUCCUCCCCCUCUCCUUCUUCACCCCCACCCUCUCCCCCUACCCCAGAGUGCUGGUGCCCACACCCUUCCUUUGAAGGGGGGGCCUCAAUUGGCGCCAGUCACCUUUGUAGCGUCCAAUCGGCGCACUGUAACUGCAUGGCUGUGGGCGGAGCUACGGCAGGGGCAGAAGCAGGUGUGAUGGAAAUGGACACUUCGUCCUCCUCUAUCCCAGCAUGCCCUGCUCUGCUGACGGCACCCUCGGCCCUCUCUGUCCCUGCCACGCCCGUCAGUCCCACCAUGCCCGGUCAGCCUCGUGCCCAGUCCCUCCUUGGGGAGCUGGCCACCCUGGAACCCGUGUUUGGGGCAGGAGCAUCGAUCGCCCCUGUCCCCGGGCAACAACCUGAGUUGUAUCAACUCCACCGUGACCCCUCGCCACAGCACUUCCGCCAAGAUGGGAGUGGAAGUGAUCCUCCGUUCUAAAAUAAGUCUGUGACUUACUUCAUUACGUAUGGCACAUUGUCAUAUUUUGUGGCACUACUUUUCCUGAAAAGUGAAAAUGAUUUAUUGCAGAAUUAUAUACAAAUUGUAUAUAAAAGCCAAAAUGCCAUUUAUUUAUAUAUCUAUUUAGGCAAUGCAGUCAUGGCUUGUCUAAUGGGUUUAUUUAUUAAUCUAUAUUUAUUUGGAUUAAGAUGACAGUGCAUCCAAAGCACCAAAGCACUGUUCGGCUUUGGCUGUCGCACUCUGCUCUGUUGCACAAGAUUGAUUUAGUUUAGAGACUUGUGGUGGGGUAGGGUUACCUUGUAUGCGCACUUUAACGUACAGACGUCUUUGUAUUCACUCAUAGUGAGGAAUGCUGGCUGCAAAACUGUAACAUGCUCUUUUUAAAAAAUGCUAUUUAAAUGUUAUAAAACAAUAAACUGUCUACUGCUCUAGAAUUGUGAGGCAGCAACACAAGCUUAAAGCACAAAGUCUUUGGGGGAACACUAAUGAAUGUGAUUGGCUCAUAACAGCCACACUGAUUGGCUCAGGUAUCACAAUUCAAAUCAAUUCAAUUCAAAAACUCACAGCACAGUGACAGUUGGGGACGACAGUUUUAAAUCGUCCAACUAUGUCAUCCAAACCUUGACCCUAAUGUGAGGCCCUCAGGCAUUCAACUGUUGUACCUUGUUACAACCUGUUGGUUGUAACUGGUUAAAGGUGAAAUCAUUUUUCCAGACUUUUUCCCUUCAAAGCUUUGAGUUUGUGACUGCAAGCAAGUUUUUCAAUAUCUCCAGUUUCUGGACUUUAGCUGCACUGCUCAUUCAUUUGAAGCCUGUGUGACGUGCUGUAAACAUGUUUUCUGUGUUUGUAUUCCAAUUCAGAGGAGGCAUGCCUUAUAUUUUUCAGGUGUAUAUUUUGCAAAUACGCCUGGUGAAAUUUGGUAUUGACUUCCUCUUUUGCCUCGGGUCUGCUGCUCUCUCGUGGUAAUGCAGAGAAUGCUGCCACCUACAGACCCCGUUUGGCAUUGCAAAGCAUGUGGUGCAAGGUUGCUGCAGUGAACAUUUAGUUCUGCUUGCCAUCUGGGAUGUCAAGACCAUGGAGCCUCCACAGGCAGUCCUGGAAGGUCAUGCUGAAUGGAUUUCGGGGACACCGGUAUUUGUAAUGCCUGCAGUGUCCCAUGAUUUUUGCUCACCUGUUAACCUGGUGACCCAGUGAACUAUUACUCUCAUUUUAUUGAUGGGGAUCCAGGAAGCAGGGGGUGCCACUGGCUGGCUGAUAUAUUUUUUUCUUGAG